CUCCAGCCCCCCUCCCCCAUCUCUAGUCCCUGUUCUCCCAGCUCCAGCCUCCCCUCUGGACCCCCAGCUCUAGUCCCUGUUCUCCCAGCUCCAGCCUCCCCUCUGGACCCCCAGCUCUGGAUCACUGAGGGUGACUUCCUGGUUCGUACCCACCAUGUGGAGUACUGUGGUGGGGGCAUCCUGGACCCUGAUGAUGUAUUGACUGACCUGGUGGAGGACAGAGACAAGCUGAUGGCCGUCUAUGAGGAGCAGGAGGCCCAGCGGAGAGGAGCUGUGAGUCCCAGAGCAGGAGUAACAGGAAGAACCAGCCAAGACCCCUAUGACGCCGAGGUCUCCGUCUUCCAGCCAAUCAGAGGAGGAGAGAUAGAGGUCAACUCCUCAGCUCUUAAAUCCAACACUCCCCUGCUCGUAAGGAGCAGCAGUGAAUCAGCCCUCAGCCCCCCAGUGGAGACGUCGCAGCCCCCGCAGCCUCAGGAGCCCAACGACAGGCCUGGCCCUGAACCCCCCACGGGGGUGAACCAUGGACUGGACAAGACAGGAGGACACAGAGCUGAUGUCUCGACUACCAAACUCAACACAUUCUCUCUCAG